AUGAACACAAACAAAACCAGUUUGGUGUUUGUUAAUGGCAUCCCUACCUUCAACAAAUAUAUGGCCGAUUCAACAAAAAUUAUCAAAGAUGUUUUUUUUCCAUCUGACGAGCUGGCCGCCCUACAGUUUGUUUCUGCAGCCGAGUUUGUGAAGCAGGACACCAGCACCAACAUUUUUGUAGCUGCUUUCACAACUGCAUGGGCGCGGUUGAAGCUGUAUGAGGAGAUGGACAAAUUAGGAACUCACGUACUCUACCAUGAUACAGACAGCAUCAUUUAUUACAGUGAUGGAACUAACGACCCUCCUCUCGGAAACUUUCUUGGGGAUUUCACGGACGAAUUGGACGGUGGCACCAUCUCUGUUUUUGUGUCUGGUGGCCCGAAAAACUAUGCCUACACUACAAGCGACGGGGGAACUUGCUGCAAGGUACGUGGGUUUACCCUAAACCACAGGAACGUCCAGCUCCUCAACUUCGAUUCCAUCAAGCAGCUCGUGCUAAACUUGGACGAACCCUCCUCCAUCAAUAUCCAUAACCCGGCAAAAAUUUGCAGGGAGCCAAAAAGGAGAAAAAUUAUGAAUAAAGUUGAAAAUAAAAUGUAUUAA